GUACGAAAGAGGCCGUUGCCCUCGCCAGUUCUGUAAUUUCGCCCAUGGCACCGCCGAGCUUCGCCGCUCCUUUAAUGAUUGCAAAUAUAAUUUGUGCUUUAGGACCCUGCGUGCUUAAACCGAAUUCUCUGGUUGGAUAUUUUCACCUCUCAAUGGAAAUGAAGGAACUUCGCAGAAAGCUACUGUUGGUUAUUAAUCAUUACCAGUUCACUGACUUAGUAUAUCUUAUCAGAGUGGAUUAUGCUGGUUGGUUCAUCUUUAUGCUGAUUUUGGUGCUGUUUACUCGGCUUCUUGAUUUAUCCUAAUCUAUCUUGAAACAGAUGUAUAAUAAGGGGAUCAGAAAUAGUUUCCGUGGUAUUUCUGCGUGUUAUUUUCUUUAUCUGAUUCUGUAUGAAUCACACUGCAAAGGGCCAUCCAAAUGCACCAUCCCACUUUAUCUGCAGUUUGUAACUUUGUAUAUUCUUCGAGAACGUGGUAUUUUCUUCAUGUGAUAUUUCUCCGUGAAAGAUACUGGGAAGGGGUCUCUUGCUUUCUUGGCUGGGAACUGUAGAACAUCGAUGCCAAUAUAUUGCAUAUGGAAGGAUUUAGUUUUUUAUUUCAUACAGACACGAGAAGAAAUGUGCACCAUGGCUUUGUAUUCUUAUCACACAAGGGCGGAGGAUGUCUAUCUUUUUGAGUUGCUUCCAUGAUUCUCGAAGGAUUUUCUUUCUAUAAAAGCUCAUGAUAUAUCUUUAUCUAUCUUUAUACGAAGAGCCAUUAGUUCUAUGGCUCAUAUGGAAUCUGCGAGAAGACAUUAAAACUGUUCAUAAUUAUGUUACUCACUUGUUCCUUGUAACGGAAGAGAGGAGUAUCGGGAGGGUAGAGACUUGAGAGAAAGGCUUGACCGAAUGCGUUCUCCAUUGGACAACUCACCAGGUCGAGGAGAUGCCAAAGCAAGGCACUCUUCUCGUGGAGACAGUCCUCGCUCUGUUGGGAAGAGGAUUGAAAGAAAUCACAGAAAGAGAAGGCAGUUGGAUGGGCAUAAUAAUGACUAUUCUGGUAGAAUGUCAGAUGGGACUGAAGAUAAAAUCAAAGAUAGAAGACAUAUAUCAUCUGAUACCAAAGUCCGUGCUGAUGAGCAGCUGAGAGAACUUCACUCUGAAAUUAAGAUGCUGGAGAGUGAUAGGCGGCGGAUGGAGAUGUACCUGGAGGAUAAGGUUAAGCAAGCAGAUAAUUUCACUAUGAAAAUUCACGAGCUCGAGAUGCAACUUUCAAAAGAGAAAGAGGAGGGCAAAAGGCUUACUACAAAAAUUAAGAAGUUUGUUAAAGCACACAGUCGUCACUUGCGGUUACAAGAUGAACUGAAGAGAUCACAUGCUCAUUUUCAGAAGUUGGGCGAGCAGCUGGCUUCAGAUGCUGUCGGGCCAGGCAAUGAAGAAAUUAACACGAUGAGUGAUGACGUGGCUGGUGGUUAUGCUAGCCCAUUGAACGAGGGUCAAUUGAAUGCUGCCCCACCUAAGAAACGGUCACGAGUAUUCAUGGGAGCUCAUGAUUCAUCAAAUCAAGUUGGGAGAAGUAGAGUCGAUAAGCUCUCUCGGCACUCUGGAAAUCAUGAUAAGUUUAGUAAUAGCAAGAAACCUGAGGCAGAUGGUGAUGCCGCCACUGCCACUGCUGAUAAGUACAAGGUAUCUGAGGCAGGCCUUCCAAAACCACCAACUGGUAUAGCUGCUAAUGCAAUCGAUGAAGAUGUUGAAGUCGUCGAAACAGAUAAUAACAAGUUUCAGGUAGUCGGAGCCGAGACGGAAGUUGCACUGAGAACCACCCCCCGCUUACCAUUUCCGCCACCCCCACCGCCUCCCAUCCCUCAUAACGUAUAUUCCCAGUACAAAGGUGAUGACGAUGACGAGAAUGAAGAGACUGUGGAAGUUGAUAUUGUGUGAUAUUCAAUAUUUGUUCUUCUACAAGUUUUUUACACAGAUCAAAGUUUUGUAAUAACAACAGUUUGAGGGUGGAUUGCCUAAAUAGAUGAAGGGUUCUUUAUGUAUAUUGUAUUAGGUGGAUUACAAUUUUAUCCUCUUGGUUUAAUUUUUAAUUUUAUUUUUAAUAGAUAUCUCUUUUGGGAA